GUCUGCUGAUGCUGACCAUUCUGUGGAUUGCAGACUGUUCUUAAGAAACAUUACCACUGAGUGUUUGGCAUGCCACCUGUUCUGACCUGUACUUGUUUACUGGAUGUUGCCCCACCUAGUCUGGUCUGUGAUCUGUAAGGAACCAUGUCAGAUGAAUGCAUUGUGAGAGUCCGUGGAUUGCCUUGGUCCUGCACUCGGGAGGAGGUGUUGGAGUUUUUCUCAGAGUGUUCUAUUGCUGAUGGAAUUGGUGGCAUUCACUUUACAAUGUCUAAGGAGGGCCGUCCCAGUGGGGAAGCGUUCAUUGUACUGGAUACUGAAGAUGAUCUUAAAAAGGCAUUGGAGAAAGACCGUAAAUAUAUGGGCCAUAGGUACAUUGAGGUUUUCAAGUCCAACAAUACAGAGAUGGAAUGGGUAUUAAAACACAACAAUACUGGUGAUGCAGAUGCAGCCACUGAUGGAACUGUCCGGCUUCGUGGGCUCCCGUUUGGUUGCAGCAAGGAAGAGAUUGUGCAGUUUUUCUCAGGGUUGAGAAUCGUGCCAAAUGGGAUAACAUUGACGAUGGACUACCAGGGGAGAAGCACAGGGGAGGCCUUCGUGCAGUUUGCUUCAAAGGAGAUAGCAGAAAAUGCUCUGGGGAAACACAAGGAAAGAAUAGGGCACAGAUACAUUGAAAUAUUUAAAAGUAGCAGAGGUGAAAUCCGUUCAUCUUACGAUCCACCACGAAGAAUGAUGGGACAGCGUCCAGGUCCGUAUGACAGGCCGAUGGGAGGUCGUGGUGGUGGUGGUGGUGUCGGCGGCGGCGGUGGUGCAGCUGCUUAUUAUGGAGCUGGUCGUGGUAACAUGUAUGACCGUAUGCGUGGCGGAGGAGGUUAUGGAGGUGGUUAUGGUGGAUUUGAUGAGUACAGUGGUUACAACAACUAUGGCUAUGGUGCAGAUGGUUUUGACGAUCGCCUUAGAGAAGGUAGAGGUCUUCCACAAGGUUACCCUGGAGCAAGUGAGGCAGGCACAGGAUUUCACAGUGGACAUUUUGUUCAUAUGCGUGGAUUGCCUUUCCGUGCAACAGAAAGCGACAUUGCCAAUUUCUUUUCCCCACUUAGUCCAAUCAGAGUUCACAUUGACAUUGGUGCAGAUGGAAGGGCCACUGGAGAAGCUGAUGUGGAAUUUGCAACACAUGAAGAUGCAGUAGCAGCCAUGUCUAAAGAUAAAAACAACAUGCAACAUCGAUACAUUGAGUUAUUCCUUAACUCCACGGCUGGUGGUGGUGGUGCUGGAAUGGGCACUGGGAUGGGCACAGGAAUAGGAUGUUACGGCAGAGAAGCAUUAGGUACCGAAGAUGGUGCAGGAUAUGGUGCGGUAGGCAGAAUGGGCAUGACCGGAAACUAUAGUGGAUGUUACGCAAAUCCAGAUGGGCUAAGUGGCUAUGGAAGGGGCAAUUCUGGAAACAGUGGGGGCUACUUCGGGCAGCACGAUAGCAUGAGUACAGCUGGAUGGCGUGGAUUGUACUAGCAAAUAUUGCUUUGUCUAGAAGAAUGUGGAAGAAAGUGUUAGUUCUGUUUUUGUGUUUAGCUCUUGUACAACAGUUUGUACAAGGAAGUUGAUCUUAAAUUUUUAGUGAGCGGAGUACAGUGGACAUUGUUACUGUAGGAUUUAAUUUGUUUGGAUGCAAACAUUGACUUUGAAUAAAUUUUUUUAAUCAAA